GAGCAACCCCGCACCCCUGCUCAGAGCUGCUGCCGCCUGCGCCCAGGACUGCAUCCCGCGCAGGCCUGGUGACCAGGCCAUGGCCUCCACCGAGCCCUGGAGCCCCAGCCCGGGGUCCACGCCCUGGGACUACUCAGGGUUCGAUGACCUGGAGGAGCUGGAGCUGUGUCCGGCCGGGGACCUGCCCUACGGCUACGUCUACAUCCCCGCGCUCUACCUGGCCGCCUUCGCCGUGGGCCUGCUGGGCAACGCCUUGGUGGUGUGGCUGCUGGCCGGGCGGCGCGGCCCGCGGCGGCUGGUGGACACCUUCGUGCUGCACCUGGCGGCCGCGGACCUGGGCUUCGUGCUCACGCUGCCACUGUGGGCCGCGGCGGUGGCGCUCGGCGGCCGCUGGCCGUUCGGCGAGGGCCUCUGCAAGCUCAGCAGCUUCGCGCUGGCGGGCACGCGCUGUGCGGGCGCGCUGCUGCUGGCGGGCAUGAGCGUGGACCGCUACCUGGCCGUGGUGAAGCUGCUCGAGGCGCGGCCGCUGCGCACCCCGCGCUGCGCGCUGGCCUCGUGCUGCGGCGUCUGGGCCGUGGCGCUGCUGGCCGGCCUGCCCUCCCUGUUCUACCGGGGGCUGCAGCCGCUGCCCGGGGGCCGGGGCAGCCAGUGCGGGGAGGAGCCCUCCCACGCCUUCCAGGGCCUCAGCCUGCUGCUGCUGCUGCUCACCUUCGUGCUGCCCCUGGCCGUCACCCUCUUCUGCUACUGCCGCAUCUCGCGCCGCCUGCGCCGGCCGCCGCACGUGGGGCGCGCCCGGAGGAACUCGCUGCGCAUCAUCUUCGCCAUCGAGAGCGCGUUCGUGGGCUCCUGGCUGCCCUUCAGCGCCCUGCGGGCCGUCUUCCACCUGGCGCGGCUAGGGGCGCUGCCGCUGCCGUGUCCCCUGCUGCUGGCGCUGCGCUGGGGCCUCACGGUCGCCACCUGCCUGGCCUUCGUCAACAGCUGCGCCAACCCGCUCAUCUACCUCCUGCUGGACCGCUCCUUCCGAGCCCGGGCGCGGGACGAGGCCUGCGGGCGCACCGGCCUCCUGGCGCGAAGGAACAGCUCGGCCUCCUCGCUCUCCAGGGACGACGGUUCCGUGUUCUGGGGCCGGGCCCAGGCAGCGAACACUGCUUCGGCCUCCUGGUAGCGGCCCCGGGCCGCUGGAGGUGGGCAGCAGUGGAGCAGUGAGAGGCGGG